AUGGCAAGAAAGAACCUCAAGCCCGUUCAUAUGGAACCAGUCCAUAUCGACCAUUUAGAAAAAGCCCCCGCAGUCAGAAACUCCAAAGAAAUGGAUUUCGACAGCUUGGAGGAUUUUGAGAAGUAUAUCAUGGACGAGUCUUGGGACAAUGAGUUUGACAAUUUGAACAUCCACGUUAAGUACCUGCCACCUUUCAUUGUCAACCAAACCAAAGGCAAUGAAGACAAAAUCAAGCCUCAGAUGAACUCCUUGAACAAGAAGUUUAGAAGACAUUUGCAGCACCACGUCAAAAGACACCUUUUACCAGACAUCAACCGGAUGGCCGGUAUUGAUUAUGAUUUUAGUAAGGACGGAGAAGAGAAGGUGGCCAACCAGUAUGGCACCUCUUCUUUUUACAAGUGGCAUUUCACCGACGAGACUAAUCACGGGUUUGAUGAGUCCGAGUACAAUUCCAGAAACCACUGGAAGGUUGAAGUUGCCAUCGAGUCCAACUCAAACAAUCCAUGGAUUGAUGUCACGUACAAAUCCGUUGCAGCAAAUGAUGGUGAGAUUUCACCUGCAGACAUUGCCUGA